AUGUCAGUGGAACUUUCUGCACUUUACGGAACUUCUUCUGUGACAGUCUCUGCGUACAAUGAGCAUACAGGAGAAUUAUUCCAGUCAACAGGCAGACACAUAAAAAAGAUAAAAAUAAGGGCAGGGACAUCUUCUGUGCUUAAACUAAAAACAGAGCGAGACAUUAAAAUGCUCUCAGUUGAGGAUAAUCUUCUGUUAGUACUGGACAUAUCCAGCAGAGUAUACUUAUACAACUUAGAGUAUAACACAGAAAUAGGAAGAAUGUCCCAUAAGGCGUGUAGGGCAGUUUGCUUAGUCAAUGGACAAGUAUACUUAGAGUACUUGGGGUACUUACAGAUAUGGAAUAGGGCAGUAACAGGAAUAUUCUCAUUCCAGAAGUAUAAGCACAUAACUGGCCACCAGGAUAAUAUAUGCAUGAUAGUGCCAGGUGAUAAAGUACUUACAGGAUCAGAGGAUGGCGUACUUAGAGUGUACACACCGGGUGAGGACACUUCUGUAUUAAUACUGCGUAAUAAGGCCGUGCCACUGUGUGCCCGUAUAAUAAACAGUGUGGUAUACUGCGUAUGGUCAUCUGGUGAGAUAAGUAAGUCUACUUUACUGGGUGGGAAGUGGACUGUGACAGACCGUGUGUAUACACUGCAUAAUUUAAUCGGUGCAAGUAUUUCUGUAUACGGUGACAUGGUCGUACUCCUGGAUACGCAGCGUAAUAUUAUACUGCAGAGUACGUCUGAUAAUAAACCCGUACAGAAAAUAACCAGUACGGGUACGCAUUCUGUCCAGUUUAUAGAAUCAGAUGAGUGGGUGCUUUUAUCAGGGGAUGGUUCUGCUGUGUGGGAGUGGAAGACAAACUCACUUUUAUUCAAUGCGACCGGAUCGGCUGAUCAAAGAGUGUGCGUGCCGUAUGAUAACCUGCUCGUAUCCGGGUCAGGGACGGGUGACGUAUUCCUGUGGGAGAGAGGGUCUUCCCUGUGCACUAAGAAAGUGUCUGAGCAUACGGCGUGUGUGGUUAGUGUACUCCCACUGGAUAAGAAAUUCCUUACGGUCUCAUCGAUAGGUACGUGUACACUGCACAGUCCGUCCGGUGACGUACUGAAGUGUAUCACGACUGAUAAGGCCACCUCCAUGGCAGAUGCAGAUAAUGAAGUACUUGCACUCUGUGGACUGACGUAUUUAGACGUAUACGAUAUACAGAGGAGUAAGUUAAUCCAGUCGUAUGAGAUAGACCUACCACUAGCAGUGAAAGUGCUUAAUGCGUCUGUGGUGGUAGUCACUAUGUACAGUAUAUCCGUAUACAAGGACACUGUAUAUACAGUGGAUACACCCGAGCAGAUCUUAUUCGCAGACAUAACCCGAUCAGGGAGUGUGUGCAGGAUAUCUUGUCUGGGUGAGAGUGGUAUGCUGUAUGAGUACGUGGACACAGAAGAAGUACAGGAGUACCGGGUUAUCCCAGGGUAUGUAAAUGGACUUGGUAAGUGCACUCCAUUAUGCAUUAAGAAUACACCAGAAGGGAUCAUUAUAUCGUACAAGGUACUCGUACGUGACCGGGAAGUACUUAAAGUGUCUGAGUACAUUUCAGGCCAGGAGGUACUUAAAUGGACUGUCCUGGACAAGGCAGGGACCUCUUCUGGUAGGAUAUGCUUAUUGAAUGAGCCUGAUUGGUCAGUGGGUAUAUGCACAGAUGAAGGUAUUUUAUUAUUCCGUGAGGGGGGAGUGUCAGUCGCAUGGUCAGCAGAUACGCCACAGGACGUAAGUCAUAAAAUAUCACAGGGUGACAGUUUAAGUGGUAUAAUUGGUGCGGCCCGUCUUAGUGAUACGCAUUUAAUGAGGUACGCUUUAUGUUCUGGUGAUCCGAUCGUAUUGGCAAAGUACGUGCCGAGUGACUUAGUCAUGAAGUGUGUCCCUGUUGUACUUAACGCAUUAUCACAGGGUUUAAUUGAGAGGGGUCUUCUAUUCUUACACGGGGUAAUGCAGCGGGAGGACAUUCCUGGUGUAAAGCAGAAAGUGUCUGUGAUACUUUCACGUACAAUUAAUACGGCGCAUGACACCACGGGGUACACCGACGCACUUAUACAGUUCAGAUACUUAUCACAGAAGACACCAGAAGUACAAGAAUAAAUUAUAACUUAUUACA